AUGGAAGCGAGCACGAUUGGACUUACACAGACAGUGGAGGUCCCAACGGACGGACAUUAUCCAACCGAGGGCCGACUUCAGUCCAGCAAAUCCCAUCCGAUGUUGCCAAUCGAAUUCAUCGCGAGUCUGCAGGUUCUGAGCCCAGGCCGUCCCGGUAUCUCACCACAACAUAACGGCCACCAUUCAGCCAGAACUCGCCCAUACCAAAUUCGCCCAAUCUGUCCCAUGACGUGGUCAGACUCUGCUCCAGUGUUCACUGCAGUUGGGGAGCUUGCUACCUAUGCAGCCGCUUCGUGCCGCACAGCCUCUGCAGGUCGCUGUAAGUCCGGCAUAUAUCCAUAUCCGCCGGAGGUAGCCGUGGUAGCGUCUACGACUCUACAGCCGUCGAUCCGUCAUUCAGAUACAUCUGCCAAGAUAGUCUGCUAUCCCGCUGUAAGCCCCGUUCAAACCCCGAGUGCGUCCGGCGCAACAGGCGAAGCCCAUGUCGAGGCUUACGCUUCCCCUACUCUGACCCAGCUUGGCAGCUACACCUAA